AUGACUUCAUUUGUGCUGCAAACACGUGAAAUUUCUGUAAGCCACACAGCAGAGAACCUGUCGGAAGUUUUGAAUUGUGCGAUUAAAGGAUGGGGCUUAAUUAAAGACGGUCUGAAGCCCAACAUAACAACAAACAAUGCAGCAAAUAUUGUCAAUGCUGUGUGUAAAAGUAUACUUGUUCAUGUGAGAUGUAUGGCUCAUACACUUAACCUUGCGACUCAGAAAGGUAUGAAAGUUGAAGGCAUAUCUGAAAUCUUGAGGAAAAUUCGCAGAAUAGUAGGUUUCUUUCAUCGCAGUUCCACUGCAGCCGCCCUUCUGAAAUCUAACCAGAUUGGGCUGAACAUACCUGUACCCAAACACAAGCUGAUUCAGGUUGUGGAGACCCGCUGGAAUUCCAGCUUUGACAUGCUUAAGAGGAUUCUCGAGCAAAAGCAUGUGCUGUCACCAUUCAAAACUGCUACCGAGGCUCUCUCAGGGGAACGGUAUCCAACAGUAUCCUUGAUCUUCUCCAUGAAGAUGACAUUGCUGACUCACUUCAAACCUGCUUUAUCAGAUUCCGAUAUGGUGAAACAAAUGAAAGAAGUAAUGCAUGCUGACCUGAGUACUCGAUACAACGGCCAGGAGACGGAGCAGUUCCUACUGGAAGCUAGCAUUCUAGAUCCACGAUUCAAGUUGGUACCUCAUGCAUCUGAGGAGCAGAAGGCCAAAGCAUAUGGCAGUUUCAGGGACCAGAUGCUUAGUAUUCUUCAAACAAAAACUGAGGUUAUUUAA